UCAGGGUAUACCCUGCAGCCCCACGACCCCUCCUCUCGGAGACAGCGCGGACCGUGUACGCAACCGGGCCGAGGCGGCCGCGCGCUUCCGGCGCGGAGGAAUGUGUAACGUGCCGCAGAGCAGGAGUUCUGCUUCCGUCUUUUGAAAGGGUUUGUUCCGAACGCACUUACUCGGACACUUCAUAUCCGCCCCGUCUCCAUGACGACAAGUUGGGGUAGAACCCAUCCCCCAAAUCCUGCUGGCCGGCCUUCGCCAUCGUCCGGGAAUUGCUUUUCGUCCCCAUAGGAGCAACGGCUCUUGACCUUGCUUUCCAACAGUUGGCAACUCGCAAGUUCGGCAUCACAUGCUCCGUGUGAGAAAGACAGCAUGAACUUUACUCCAACACAUACCCCUGUCUCCAGAAAGCUGACCACUGUUCCCAAACAUGGUGCUGCCUGUGGCUUCAGUGGUUCCACCAGGUGGAAGGGAGUGUCUUUCCCAGAUUCAGUGGAGUCAACUCCCUUGCCUUCCAUCAAAGAUCAUCUGGCUAUCCUCUGCCCUUCUCAGGAGCUUCUGGAAUAUUAUCAGAAGAAGAUAGCUGAGUGUGAGGUAGAAAAUGAGGACCUAUUGAAGAAACUAGAAUUAUACAAAGAAGCCUUUGAGGAACAGCAUAAAUUAGAAAGAGAUUUGCAGCAGAGGGAGGAAGAGGUUGCUGAAUUGCAGAAUGCACUAAGCGAUAUGCAGGUCUGCCUCUUCCAGGAACGGGAACACGUUCUACGCCUCUACUCGGAAAAUGACCGACUGAGGAUCAGGGAGCUAGAAGACAAGCAAAAGAUUCAGAAUCUCUUGGCGCUUGUGGGAACAGACACUGGGGAAGUGACCUAUUUUUAUAAGGAGCCGCCCAACAAAGUCAGCAUUCUCCAAAAGACUAUCCAAGCUGUUGGUGUAUGUGAACAGAAUGAAUCUUCAGUUUUCAGAGCAGAUGAUUCUAAAGUAAGUCAAAGAAAAUCAGCAAUGAGAAAGAAGGAAGAAAAUUCUGAGCAGCACCAAAGAGACAUACAAACACUCAUCCUACAGGUGGAAACCCUGCAGGCUCAGCUAGAAGAACAGACCAAGCUUUCUAGAGAGCAAGUUGAAGGGCUCAUGGAAGAUAGACGGAUUCGCAUUGAGGAAAUUCAAGUUCGCCACCAGAGAAAUCAGGACAAAAUCAAAGAGCUUACCAAAAAUCUCCACCAUACCCAGGAUCUGCUCUAUGAGAGCACCAAAGAUUUUUUGCAACUCAAAUUUGAAAACCAAAGUAAAGAGAAGUCAUGGAUGCUCGAAAAGGAUCAUUUGAUAUCAAAGAUUAAGCAAUACAGAGUGCAGUGUAAGAAGAAAGAAGAUAAAAUUGGAAAAGUUUGGCCAGUUGUUCAUGAGAGUCAUCAUAACCAAAAUGAAUAUAUUAAGUCCCUAAAGGAUAAGUUAGUACAAGAGAAAAAAUUGUCCAACAUGUACCACGAGCAGUGCAUUUCCUUAGAAGAAGAACUUGCCCGAAUUCGUGAGGAAGAGGUAGUGAGGAGAGAGAUCUUCAAGGAUCGCACUAACAAGAUGGGGAAGCGUUUACAGAUAAUGACAAAACGCUAUGAGGCCUUGGAGAAUCGGCGUGUGUUGGAAGUAGAGGGCUUUAAUACAGAUAUUAAGGCUGUCCGGCAGAAACUGAAAGACUUGGAGCAAAUGCUCUAUAAGGCAACACUUAAUGCCCGGGCACACCAGGAUCUUGCCCUUCUGUGUGAGGUCCGAGACAGCAAUAGACGGGCACGUAAGAUACAAGGAGAACUGAAGAACAUCAAGUCCAAAGUAUUUGGUCUGGAGAAUGAACUUAGACUCUGCUGAUGUUUAUGUGUAGAAAUGGCCCUUGUCUGGAAUAGGUCUGCUUCCUGAAAUCUGAGAAAAAGGUCAUCUCCCAGAAACUGUAGGUAUAGAAUUGGCUAACAUGUGAUUUACAUUAUUUAAAAAGACAGAAUGAAGAAUCAGGGACCACUAAAAACGCUCUUCCUGCAUGGUAAGCUUUAUCUUUAAUUUUUGCUGUCCUAUUGACCUUUGUUUUUUUGGCCUGGAUUAUAACCCGAACUACUUAGAGACUUUCCCACAUUGUUUCUCCCUUUAUGAGGACAGGUGUUUGUCUUUUUAAGAAGAUGAUGAUGAAAACUUAGGAAGAAAAUAUUUUCUCUGUGAGCUUGGCUGAGCUUGGCAGAGGAGAAGGUGGCACCACUGAGGCGGCCUUUCUGCUAGGGAGAGGGCAGGGACAGCACAUCCCAACUUACCAAAUGUGAAUACUUCUGCUGUUUAACUUCUUCAGCUGUGAGUUGUGGCGCCUGAAUUAUUUUUUUGGACACCCAAUCUCAUGAAGUUCCACCAGAGGGCACUGAAGACCCUGCUCUUAAGCAAAACGAUAAUGUAGAAUUAGUGUUACUUUGUUAAGAGUGAGUGAAACUUAAAUGAUCCUUGUAUGAAAGGUUCAGUAUUUUACCAAUAACAUGAUUUAAAAAAAUGUAUAUAUUUCAAAUUAAUUAUUUUUCAAUAAAAUAAUUAAUAUGUUCUA